AUGUCUGAGGUGCAAUCAAGGCCGGCUGCCUCGCGUGGGCGCGGCUCAGCGCGCGGUGGACGGGGUGGCCACAUCUCCAGAGGCGGACGGGGAGGCGCCAGGUCGACGACGACAGCAAAGCCUGCCAGCCAGGAGAUGGACGACCAGACGAACACCACCUCAUACGAAGACGAAGGAGAGAUUGGCCAGCUGAAGAAGAAGCACGCUGGCAGCCUGUCGACCAUAAAGGAGCUCUUCGCUGACUGGACAGACGAAGACCUGGUUUUCGCUCUUGAGGAUGCUAACGGAGACCUAGAGGUCGCCAUUGAGCGCAUCACAGAAGGAAACGUCUCUCAGUGGGGUGAAGUAAAGAAGAAAAAUACUGAUCGCACCCGGCAAAAGAUCACCACCAAGGACGCUCAGCCUGCCUCAGGAGAGCAGAACGCCCCUCCGCCACGGGCAGGACGUGGACGCGGAGGGUUUGACGUGCGUGGCCGUGGCCGUGGUGACCGUGGACGUGCUGGUCGUGGCGGGCGAGCUGGUUCCCAUGCUGUUCAGCCUACUCAGGCCAACGGCACCGUCCCUCAACAGUCGACCCCCCAACCCACCACAGAUGCUUGGGACUCUACUACGCCUGCCGUGGAGCCAUCUGCGCCUGUAGAGGCCCCUGCUGUCGAGACAAAACCUCAGCCAGAAUGGAAUUCUCAGGAGGCUCCCAAGGCGUCGACGGACCAAUCCCAGAAGAGCAGCUUGAUCCCUGAAGGUUCGAAGAGAGGAUGGGCCAGUCUAUUCGCGAAGCCGGCUCCGGAGCCUGUAAAGGAGCCCCCAUUGCCUGUUGCCCCAAGUGCUCCGGAGAAGCCAGUUGAAGCUCCUGUUGAAUCGCAUAUUCCUGAACCCGCCGUCGCCGUCCCAGAACCGGAACCUCAACCCGCCGAAGAACAGCAGCAACCACAGCAACAACCACAACCACAACCACCACAGCCACAGCCACAGCCAGUAUCUAAACCCAUCGAACAACCAAAGCCCGUCAUUCCAGUACCCCAACAGCAACCACCGCCUCCAUCUGUACCUGUCCCCGCCGAACCUGAAACCCCUGCUCAACCUGACACCGAAACAGCUACUGACAUCGAAAAGGAAUCUGCUCCACAGCAACAAAAGCCACAGCCUCAAGCUCGAACUCCAGCUACCUCUUAUGCCUAUCCCAAGGGCCCUGCCACCGGCUCUACGCGCGGACCUAACUUCCAGCGCCGUGUUAUGGAACAGCAAGAAGCCGUCGUGAUGCCUGAAAACCACGCUGUCGACCGUGCAGCUGUCCAAUUCGGUAGCAUGGGAUUGAACGGAUCUAUUGACGAUGUUAACAUUGAUGAAGAAAGAGAAGAACCAGAAACCCGCCCUCAGCCUCCUCAGCACUCUCCUGUUGCCCCCCGCGCCUCUCUCCCUCCCUCCACGAGACCUAUGGGUGCGCCUGAACCCGCCGCUACCGCUCCACGACCCGCUCCCGGCCUCCCCCCAGCCCCUGUCGCCUCUGCGGACACCCCAUUCAAUGACUUCUCUCGAUAUGGCGAUGCCCAGAAGCAAUAUGAUAUCUUCAACCAGCAAGCCGAUCAACAAGCUCAACCUCAGAACCAAGAGACUUUCUCCAACCAGGGCAUGCCAUCUCAACCUACCGCAGUCACAACCGCUGCCGAUUACUCCGCCUUCUACGGUGCAGACCAAUCCCGCAACCCAUACUACUAUAGCGCAUAUGGCCAGCCUCAGGACCCCACCGCAAGCCAGCGCGCCGGAGCUGGAUUCUCGACCACCGGAGCGGAGUCACAACCCCAAGUUCCUGCCUCUCAACCUCCAGGCCGUUAUGCGCAUGCUGAAGCACCAAACAGUGGCCAAAACACCCCCCAGCCUGCCGUUCCAGGUCAAGUGCAAUCCGCCCAACAGCCAUCGCACCACAUGCCUCAAACCCAGGGAGCACACGCAGGAUUCAACUACGGAUAUCCCUACUACUCUAACCCUCACUACCCGAACGCAUACAUGACCCAGAUGACCCAGCAUCAGCAACACCAGUAUGGUCGAAACCGUCCCAUGUACGACGAUGCCCGACGAUACGAGGAACAGCAGCAGCAGCAGCAACAGCAGCAGCAACAACACUACCUUCCUCACGGAUCCCAGUUUGCUUACGGCAACCAGUACGCCCCAUAUGGCAAAGGCGGAAUGUAUAACCAACAACCCCAGCAGCACGGAUUUGGCUACGAAUCCUCUCCCGCCAACACUGCCGCAUUCAACCAGACUGCCGCUCCACAGCGUGACUCUGCUACCUACGGACGCGCUGGCUCCGCGCAACCUUCCGAUGCUCAACAGCAGCAGUCAACCGGCGCCACCGCAUUUGGCGGCAUCCCAGAUGUCUUUGGUCGUACCCAAUCUGGAUUUGGCCAAAACCAGCCCAUCCCCUCGCAACAGCCCACCAGCGCUGACGAGACUGGCAGCGCCAAAGCCUACGACUCCUCGAAAACUGGCGGCCCCUCUCCAUCCGUUUCGCACGUCAACCGUCCCGGUUCGGCAGCUAACAACGCACCCCACCAGCCCACCACCACUGGACAGUCUGGCCUUCCUCCAGUUCCCGCCGCGCAGCAAGCCAACCAACAAGCCUUUGGCGGCUAUCCUCACCUCAACCAGCAGUAUAGUGGUCUAGGAAGUCUGGGUGCCCACCAAGCCGGUACCACUCAAUCUCACCACCAGGCAACGGCAUACAACAACUACGGCGCCGGAUUCGGCAGCAACUACUACGGUAACAACGGCCGUGGUGGCGGCUGGGGCGGAAACUACGGCCAUUAA